AACUCUUACAGAGACAUUUGUGGGAGUGGGAAGGAAAGCAGGAUACAGAUAGUCAAACCAAAGCACACAUUCAGACAGCACAGCCGUGAAAGACGCGAGGAUGUCUCGUCAAGCAGGACGGGGAACGGAAGCCAAGAAAGUGAGUGCAGAGUUGUUUACCCUUACCUAUGGGGCCUUGGUGGCACAGCUCAUUAAGGACUACGAGAGCGAUGAAGAAGUCAACAAACAGCUCGACAAGAUGGGUUACAACAUUGGAGUGAGGCUGAUAGAAGACUUCCUGGCCCGCUCCUCUGUUGGUAGAUGUCAUGACUUCAGGGAAACAGCUGACGUGAUUGCAAAGGUUGGGUUUAAGAUGUUCCUGGGCAUCACCCCGACCGUUGCCAACUGGAGUCCUGCAGGAGACGAGUUCUCACUGAUCGUGGAUAACAACCCACUGACGGAGUUUGUGGAGCUGCCGGACGGACAUCAGAACCUGAACUACUCCAACCUACUGAGUGGGGUCCUCAGGGGAUCUCUAGAGAUGGUGCAAAUGGAAGUAGAUGUGACAUUCCUCCAAGACGCCUUGAAGGGAGACAACACCACAGAAAUCCGUCUUAAGUUCAUCCGGAGAUUAGAAGACGCCCUGCCUGCAGGAGAGGAGUAGGACAGAGCAGGGGAACAUUUUCUGGACCAUCGCUGUGUUAUCUGUAAAGUGAAUGUCACAUGUAGGGUAGCAUAAGGAAUGAUGGGACAUUUUGUUCUUUAAUUUGUGAUUUAAUUUAUGUGUCCAGAGACAGCAGACAAUCUUAUGAUAUUUCAAUCAAAUAAUACAUCACCGUCCUUUUAGGUGGGGUGCUCUGGCGAAGUCAACUUUUUUUUAAGGACAUUUGGUGGUUAUGUUACUUGUGAGACAUACCAUAAAGCCAUGGUUAUGACUGGAGUAGAUUUCCUGAUCCUGACCUGUUGUGUUGUAAGAAACAUAUAUCCAUGCAAUACAUUGAAGCUUUGAUAAAGAGAGAUCUACGUAGGUAAUUGAGAUGAAUGAUUUCAUCAUCAUCUUUUUGGGAUGGCACUUUGUGAUUACCAUGUGAGACACUGCUUUAAUUGUGAAGAUGUAAUCCCAUACAUGGCCGAGUCUAAUAUUCCCCUAUCUUUGUUCAUGACUAAAUCCAAAUUAGAUCUCUGAAGCCUAACAGCCUCUUUGAUCCACUCUAUGACCUUGGCUGUCAUUUCAAGGUUGUAUUGUAAUAUGAUACAUAAUAGUUGGUAUUGUAUAAUGGGCAUAUUUUGUUUGAAAUGAUGUGAUGACACAUUUAUGAUUAAGUUUAUUUGGAGCCAUGCUAAACUGAAAAGUACAAAAUGAUGUAUAAAUGCUAUUAUAUUUGAUGAAACUGCUGAAUAUUAGUUAUACAUGUAUGUAAUGCGACAUUGUUGCAUGACAUGGAUAUUUAAUCUUGAGAUGUACAUACUAGUACUACACAUUUAUCAGUUCUGUUGUCUGAAGAGUUGUUCUUUCCUUCCUCAUUUGUCUGUGAUGUAGUACACACACACAGUCUAUCAUGUUCCCUUAUGCAUGUUGUACCUAUGUGGUAGACCCUGUCGUGCUUUGGACAUCAACAUUGUAUAGAAAUUGUUGUCAUCAUCACUCAACAUCUGCACAACAUCAAUAUCAUGCAUAUGGUUGCCACAUGUCAGUUACAGUAUGUACUGAGGUAAUCCAUUGUUUCCUAUUAACUGUGUAAUGUAAAUUGUGUACAAUGUUCAUGACGGUUUCAUUUUUACAUUUUUUUUGUCGAUCAGUUACUGUGAAAUCAUGACCCUGCGAGUGUUUUGUUUUUCUACUGCACUACAGAAUUGUUUGACCUACAAAGUUCAACCAUUAUGAAAAACUGUUUUCCCCUCAAAAUUUACUGAGGAAUAAACUUUGGAAUGCUGUAGAAUGCUGAAUGCUAUAGAAUAUAUUCUGAUCUACAGUACUGAUUUGGAUAUUCAUCAUUCAGAAUGCCAUGGAAACACUCUCUGGUCAGACAUUGCAGCGUCAGCCAGCUAGACAACAUUUCUAAAUUGAUAAAUGUGACAGUGAGUCAACAGCAUUGUGUGGUCAGAGGUAUAAAUCAUUAGAGCCUGUCACUUAACAUGAUUGUGAUGCUUUAGAUGUCAGUUGUACAUGUAUGCAGAAGAGCUCAGUAUGGGGACUGAAGUGAAUUAUAACCAACCAUUGCCCAAAGGACAUCUGGCAAUUAUAGAAUGUGGAAGAUUGUCAAAAACAUUGUUCUGUCUCAGUAUGUUGUAUGAUGUGCAACCUUUUAAGAGAUCAGUUUUGUUACUCACGAAUAUAUGUAUGACGAUA